AUGGCGUCGUUGGAUCCUCCGCCGCCGGCGCCGGCGCCGGCCAAACCCCCACUGCCUUGGCGGGCGCGCCUGCUCCUGAGCGCAGUCUCCAUCCUUCACUCGGCGUCCCUGCGCGCCGACGGCACGGCCAACCGCCUCCUCCUCUCGCUCUUCGACCGCACCGUCCCCCCGAGCCUCGCCCCCGACGCCGCCGGCGUGUCGUCCUCCGACCACGCCGUCUCCGACCACCUCCGCGCCCGCCUCUUCUUCCCGGCGCACGCCGACGGCGGCACCCAGCUGCCGGUGGUCGUGUACUUCCACGGCGGCGGCUUCGUGUUCCACUCCGCCGCGACGGCGCAGUUCGACGCGCUGUGCCGCCGCCUCGCCGCGUCCAUCCCGGCCGUCGUCGCCUCCGUCGACUACCGCCUCGCUCCCGAGCACCGCUUCCCGGCCGCCUACGACGACGGCGAGGCGGCCCUCCGCUGGAUCCUCGCCGGCGGCGGGGGCGCCCUCCCGUGUCCCCCCGCCGCCGUCUUCGUCGCCGGGGACAGCGCGGGCGGCAACGUCGCCCACCACGUCGCCGCGCGCCUGCAGCGCAGCGUGGCGGGACUGGUCCUGCUGCAGCCGUUCUUCGGCGGGGAGGCGCCGACGGCGUCCGAGCUGCGGCUCCGCGACGCGCCGUUCGGGGCCCCUGAGCGGCUUGCGUGGCUGUGGCGCGCGUUCCUGCCGCCGGGCGCCACGCGGGACCACGAGGCGGCGAACGUGCCGGCGGCGAUCCGGCACGGCGGGGACGGGGAGUGGCGGGCGUUCCCGCCGACGCUGGUGUGCGUGGGCGGGUGGGACGUGCACCAGGACAGGCAACGGGAGUACGCGGACGCGCUCCGCGCCGCCGGCGCCGAGGAGGCCACCGUCGUCGAGUUCCCCGACGCCAUCCACGCGUUCUACGUGUUCGAGGACCACCCGGACGGCAAGAAGCUGCUGCGCGACGUGGCUGAGUUCGUGAACCGGCGCGCCGCCGAACACCACAAGUGCGCGCGCUCCGCGAGCGAGUAAUCUGCUACUACCAUUCUGCACUGGUUCGUGCGUAGUUGGUUUGACUGAUCGUAAUCGCACCUCUGCUUGAUGUAAAGCGGGUGUUCUUUCAAACGAGCCAAAAGCUUUACUUAUUCCGCUGGUUAAGAAGAGUGCAGAUUAUACAAACCAAAACAAGCCAGAAGGAUCAAUUAGAGCCUA